AUGUCAGAAGUUAAAGAAUCAAGUCCUUCUUACUACUUUCCAGGAGACGAUGUAAAGUUGUCUAAUGUAAUAGAGCAAGGAACUGUUCGACUAGGUCCUGGCUUAGUUCAUCAAAAACACGAUCAUGAAGAUAAAAUCAAGGUCUCUCGACCUGGUAUUUUGCAUCAGGGAGUCAAAAACACUGUAUUGGUGGAUACAAGAAUGAAAAGAUAUAUUCCUGCUAUGAAUGAUCAGGUCAUUGGGCAAAUUACUUCUCGUUUUGCUGAGGGUUAUCGGGUGGAUAUUGGAUCAGCACAUAGUGCUCAAUUGAACGCAUUGGCCUUUGAGAACGUUACUCGAAAAAGCAAACCAAAUUUAACUGUUGGAAGCUUGGUGUAUGCUCGCGUAUCUUUGGCUGACCGCGAUAUGGAACCAGAGCUGGAAUGUUUAGAUGCGGCCACAGGAAAAGCUAGCGGUUUUGGAGAAUUAAAAGAAGGUUAUAUGAUUACUGGAUUAUCCCUAUCACACUGCAGAAAACUUUUGUCCCCUCAAAAUGCCCUUUUGCAAGCUCUUGGCACCUAUGUUCCUUUUGAAAUUGCCGUUGGGAUGAACGGACGUGUGUGGACUCACUCGGAAACGAUUCCGACCACGAUUUUGAUUAGCAAUUGCAUAAAACAGUCGGAAUUUUUGAAUGAUGAUGAGCAGGUUCAAUUAGUAAAGUCAAUGGUAAAAAAUCUUUAA